AUGGGUAAAAGAAAAUCAAGUAAACCACCACCAAAAAAACAGGUUGCCAAAUUACCAAAACAUUUUGAUUGUCCAUUUUGUGAUCAUUCUCAAUCAGUCGAUUGCACUUUAGAUAGAGAAAAUGGUAAAGGUACAGCCAAGUGUAGAGUCUGUAAUGCUUUUUAUGUAACUGCUAUCCAUGAACUUUCAGACCCAAUUGAUGUUUACAGUGACUGGAUUGAUGCAUGUGAAGCCACAAGAUAA